AUGUCACAUGCCUAUGCCUUAAAUACCGUACUUGAUGUUUACGAUGCAGUUUAUCAAACAAUAGAAGAAGUAAGAAAUAGAGACGGAGGAUCGGAUUUCAAACUUGGUGCUGAUUGUAAUGGACUGCUUAGCUACUUGACUUCUUAUAGGUUUUUAAUGACAGCUCUUAGUUUUAAAAAAAUAUUUGAAAUACUUGAACCAUUAACCCGUACAUUACAAGCUCGUGACAUAGAUAUUUUAGCAGCGAUGUAUUUAGUUAAUAGUGCUAAAGAGUCCAUAGUGGCACUGAGAACUGAAGAAACAUUUGAAAAUAUUUUGAUAUUAGCUAAAGAAUUUGAUGAUAAUAUGAUAAUGAGGAAUUUGAGCCAUUGCGGACAACAAGAAAACGUAAAGUUAGAAAAAUGGCUGGGGAAUUAUGUAGUGAUGAAGUUGAACAAAAUCCUAUUCAAAAGUUUAAGGUAG